AUGGCCGCCACCCAAGACACCACGGCUCCCCUCGUCGUCCUCGUCUCAACGCGAGCAGUUCUCACCGUUGCCGAGGACGAGCUGGUUCUCACCCCUGCCACGAUAACGAUAUCCCCCGCCACCGGCAAGAUCGUCAGCGUCACCCCCACCGUCCUCCCCAAGACGUCAUUCCCUGCCUCGGCAGUCUACAUCGACUAUGGCUCAAAGCUCCUGCUGCCCGGCCUCGUCGACGCCCAUGUCCACCUCAACGAGCCCGGGCGCACGGAAUGGGAAGGCUUCUGGACCGGCACGCGGGCCGCUGCCUCUGGCGGCGUCACGACCGUCGUCGACAUGCCGCUCAACGCCAUCCCGCCCACCACGACGGUGGCCGGCUUCAAAGAGAAGCUCGCGGCGAGCCGGGGUCAGUGCUGGGUCGAUGUUGGUUUCUACGGCGGCGUGAUCCCCGGAAACGCCGAUGACCUGUUGCCUCUCGUCGAGGCCGGCGUGCGAGGCUUCAAGGGCUUCCUCAUCGAGUCGGGUGUUGACGAAUUCCCCGCCGUCUCCUCGCAAGACGUAGCCCUGGCCAUGGAGAAGCUCAACGGCACGCCCACCACGCUCAUGUUCCACGCCGAGAUGCUCCCUCCCAUCACCGACUCGGUAGGCGACGCCGUCCAACAGUCCGAGCCCCCCCUCGCCCCCACCGGCGAGCUCGACUCCUACCAGACCUUCCUCGAGUCUCGCCCUCCGGCCUUCGAGACCUACGCCGUCGAGCAGAUCCUCUCGCUCGCGCACCUCGCGCCGGACCUCCACCUGCACAUCGUCCACCUGUCGGCGACGCAGGCCAUCCCCAUCCUCAAGGAAGCCCGGAAGAAGGGCAUCAACAUCACCGCCGAGACGUGCUUCCACUACCUGGGCUUCGCCUCCGAGGACAUCGCCGACGGGGACACCCGCCACAAGUGCUGCCCGCCCAUCCGCGAGCGCUCCAACCGCGACAGCCUGUGGGAGGAGCUCGUGGCCGAGGACUCGUGCAUCAAGACCGUCGUCUCGGACCACUCCCCCUGCACGCCGCAGCUCAAGCUCCUGCCGAGCCACCUCGAGCCCGCGCCCCCGGCCGACGCCGACGCGCCCAACAUGCACCACUCGGACUCUGGCGUCGACAUGACCAUCCCCGGCGAGACCGUCGACAAGAUGAUUGCCGAGAAGACGCUCGAGGACGCGGCGCUGGCCGUCGCCGACGCCAGCUCGCGGGGCGACUUCUUCGCCGCCUGGGGCGGCAUCUCCUCCGUCGGGCUGGGCCUGCCGAUCGUCUACACGGAGGCGAGGGCGCGCGUCGCCGCCGCGCAAGGCGACGAGGCCGUGGCGCCGUCCAUCAUCGACAUUGUGCGGCUGUGCAGCCAGGCGACGGCGAAGCAGGUCGGCCUCGCGCACCGCAAGGGCGCGCUGAGGGCCGGCAUGGACGCCGACGUCUGCGUCUUCGACGACGCGGACGCGUGGACGCUGCGCUCCGGCGACAUGCGGUGGAAGAACCGGGUCUCGCCGUGGGAGGGGCACGAGUUCGCGGGCCGCGUGAGGGAGACGUGGGUCCGCGGCCGUAAGGUGUUCGAGUACGGCGGCGCGAACGGCGGGUUCGUCUGCGAAGGCCCCAUCGGCGAGGCCAUCACCGAGAAGCGCGUUGCUUAA